AUGGCGCGGCCGAUCCAGGUGAAGCCUGCGGACAGCGAAAGCCGCGGAGGGGACCGGAAGCUGUUUGUGGGGAUGCUGAACAAGCAGCAGUCGGAGGAGGACGUGCUGCGGCUGUUCCAGCCCUUUGGGGUCAUCGACGAGUGCACCGUGCUCCGGGGCCCUGACGGCAGCAGCAAAGGCUGUGCCUUCGUGAAGUUCUCCUCGCACACGGAGGCUCAGGCGGCCAUCCACGCGCUGCACGGCAGCCAGACCAUGCCGGGCGCCUCCUCCAGCCUGGUGGUCAAGUUUGCCGACACGGACAAGGAGCGGACGCUGCGGCGCAUGCAGCAGAUGGUGGGCCAGCUGGGCAUCCUGACGCCAUCCCUCACACUGCCCCUCAGCCCGUACAGCGCCUACGCCCAGGCUCUCAUGCAGCAGCAGACGACAGUCUUGUCCACCUCGGGCAGCUACCUGAGCCCUGGUGUGGCCUUCUCACCCUGCCACAUCCAGCAGAUCGGUGCCGUCAGCCUCAACGGGCUGCCUGCCACACCCAUCGCCCCUGCCUCCGGAUUACACUCACCUCCGCUGCUCAGCACGGCCGCCGUGCCCGGCCUCGUGGCUCCCAUCACCAAUGGCUUUGCGGGGGUUGUGCCCUUUCCUGGCGGGCACCCGGCCCUGGAAACUGUAUAUGCCAAUGGCCUUGUGCCCUACCCAGCUCAGAGCCCCACCGUGGCCGAGACCCUCCAUCCCGCAUUCUCCGGAGUCCAGCAGUACACAGCCAUGUACCCCGCCGCGGCCAUCACGCCCAUCGCGCACAGCGUCCCUCAGCCGCCGCCCCUCCUGCAGCAGCAGCAGCGAGAAGGUCCCGAGGGCUGUAACCUGUUUAUCUACCACCUCCCCCAGGAGUUUGGCGACACGGAGCUGACACAGAUGUUCCUGCCCUUCGGCAACAUCAUCUCGUCCAAGGUGUUUAUGGAUCGGGCCACCAACCAGAGCAAGUGUUUUGGCUUCGUGAGCUUUGACAACCCGGCCAGCGCGCAGACCGCCAUCCAGGCCAUGAACGGCUUCCAGGUCGGCAUGAAGAGGCUCAAGGUGCAGCUGAAGCGACCCAAAGACCCGGGACACCCCUACUGA